AGGACGACGCCUGCGCGGUGAUACGGGUCGAUGGGGGUCUUUCGCCGCGGUGGCAACUCCGCAACUCCGGAGUGGCCGACCAAGGACCAGGUGAUUCCAACAAUCCCAAGCAGCAUUCGCAUCGAAAUGGGUGCCACGGCCUCGUGCAAGAAGACCUCCGGCAGUGGCUAUCCGGAGCACGAUGAUCCCAGCUACCGCAAGUGCCAGGAGCUCAAGAUGGAGCGCUGGAUCCAGAUGCACUACCAGAUCAAGCAGCGGGAGCAGGCCCUGGCCAUUGCCCAGCACCGGGAGCUCUUCUACUGGCUAAGUGGCUUCUACGCGAGCGCCGUCUACGGCUGCGCCAGCUACUACCAGCGGGUCAAGAGGGUGUCCGCGCUGGCUCCGCUCCUGCCGCUCACCUUCGUGAUGGGCUACUACACGGACUGGGCCUACGGCAGCAAGCUGCACCGCAUCCAAGCGGAGGCCAACAUGAUCAUGGAGCACGAGCAGGAGCUGCUCCACUGGCCGGGCGGCCUGCCCACAGUCGCCGGCAUCGAUGAGGCCCGCGUGGAGACCGAGAUGGAUAGGAAAAUGCAUCCGCACCACAUGUAGAGGCAAAAGGCUGCCCCUCUCCCCGAUAGUCUGUAGGCGGGAUUGGGUUCUAGUGCUCAGGUCCCCAUUAAAAAACACACACGCCACAAUCAAUAGGAUUCAGACGAGAAAUCAGAAACAAAAUUAGCAACUCACAAUCACACAGAGUUUCAGAGAUCGAAAGAGCCCCUAGCUAGAAUUGAAUAUUUUUAAGCAUCAACAUGGGAGAAUGCUGAACUGUAGGGACCAUUAAAUAACACUUUACAGCACUUAUUUAACCCGUAAACUACGUUUACCAACACUUUUUCAUAUUACAACGACUAAAAAGCAAUUUGAGCUACCUACAACAGCAGGAUCAGUUAAGGAAAUAGAAAAGAUCUUCCCCAUACAUUUAUGAAUCCUAAUUCCUACUCAUGUCCCUAGCACUUGACACAUUUUUUGCUUUUACAACACUAUGAUUUUUGAGUUACCUCGAAAACAUCAUAUCAUAAGGCUCCCAAGGAGCGAUAUUUACCAUCCUGCACAGAACCCCAGCCAGCCUACAGCGCCAGAUAGCUCAAAUAUAGGCCUAUAUAUUUAUAUUACACAUAUUUAUAUUCAGACCUCCUCGAUAACGACCAUUUACUUAGCCGCAGUUAACUUGCCCUCUCUCUUUCUGUCUAUCUGUGUGUGUACUCACUCGCUCGCUCUGGAAGACGGGACGCGCUUCACUUUUCCAGCAAUUUUUUGAGACAAUAC